CCUUUUGUCCAUCGAGACUCAACCAUCGAGCCGCUUUUUUUUUCUCUCAUUUGGCCGCCGUUUCAACCGCAGCUUGUGCGUCUACUUCAGACUCGACAGCAACUUCGCCCUGGCCUUGGGCACCUUCGAGUCGACCAUCGCUUCGAUAGUGUGUCGGAAUUCGCCCAUUACGCGUACGACUUGCGACUGCCGGGAAUCAUGGGGGAUCGAACGCUAUUUAUCGUUCUUCUCUAUCUGGCCUUCGGUCUCCUAGUCAACGCUACGGAAAGCGAAAACGACGACUAUGACCAGUGCUACUUUGAUGCAGGUUAUGUCGGUCCACCUAACCUUCUGCCUUGCUUACCGGCGAAUGAAACAAAAGGUGGCUUCAGUUGGUGCUGUCUGGCAGGGGACGCCUGCGUCAAUGAAGCCUGUUGGAAUCAUGAUUCGGGCGUGACUUAUCAGUAUGGCUGUAACGACCCGAAUUACGCAGACAAAAUCUGUCCCCUCAAGGGCGAUCUCGACCCAGCCAAGUCCCCCUGGAUAGGGCUUGUCCGGUGCGAUACUGAGAACGAAGGUAUUCUGAAAUACUGGGCUUGUAACCAUCCAGAUACCUGCGGCGAAAAUUGCCCGACUGAACCCGAGCGACCGCAGGUCACCCAAUCUGUCUGGCCCUGGAAACCUCAGGCUUUGCCACCCAACAAAGACUGCAAAGAUCUAGGAAGGCGGGUUUUGGCAAUGUAUGCCCCAGCAACGAUUCCUUCAGCUGGCGGUGUCCCAUUGGCGUAUACGGCCCCCGCAAACAAACCGUCUCUAUCAAUGCCGCCGUUGCAAAGCAGCGGCACGACGACAUCUCUGGCUUCUUCAACCACACCUACCUCUAUUUCCGAUCCUGGGACUUCUGUCGUAAACAUCACAUCACCCACAGCUGCCACCCCUACAUCCGUGGACUCCGAGACGAGCAGCUCAACCCUAGGCACCGGGGCUAUUGCUGGCAUUGCCGUUUCCUCCGCCUUUCUCAUAGGAUCAGCCUUGUUCGUCGCCUUCAUGCUACUCCGACGUCGUCGCUCCCGACAUGGUCCGGUACUCAACACCCAUGAGACUGAGACUUAUGACCACGAACAGACUGUUCCUGCAGAAUUGCCUGACGAGAAACACAACCUUAUAAAUCCCCACACCCCGUCCACAGCCUCGGACGCAGGACAGGGCCGGCCAGUCUCGGACAUGACUCUGAGCAUGUUUUCGCCCAGUCCGCUCAGUACGCCGAGAACUCCAGGCUCGCCGUAUUACUACCACGGCGUCGGCCAAGCCCCUUCGGAGUUGGCGGAUCAGCCAAGGGCUAUACACGAGAUGCCGGCAAUCAAUGAACGGGUCGAGAUGCCUUGA